AUGGCUGUGAUAAGCCUUCUGUUCUUGGCAGUGAUGUACGUCGUCCACCACCCCUUGCUGGUCAGUGACCGGAUGGACUUGGACACGCUAGCCAGAAGCCGGCAGCUGGAAAAGCGGAUGAGUGAGGAGAUGCGCCAGUUGGAGCUGGAGUUUGAAGAGAGGAAGCGAGCAGCGGAAGAAAAGCAGAAGGCAGAGAACUUCUGGAGAGGGGACACCUCUGGUGACCAGCUAGUGCUGGGGAAGAAGGACAGGGGGUGGCCGUUCCAGGUGGAUGGCCAGGAGGGCCCCCUGGGCUGGAUGCUAGGAAAUCUGUGGAAUGCUGGCCUCUUUUGCGUUUUUCUCAUUUUUGAGCUCCUGCGACAGAACAUGCAGCACGAGCCAGCUUUUGAUUCCAGCAGCGACGAUGAGGAGGAGGAGGUCCGGGUGGUGCCAGUCACCUCCUACAACUGGCUCACUGACUUCCCCUCCAGGGAGGCCCUGGAGUCCUUCCACAAACACCACGUCCAGAACGUCACGAGGGACCUGCCCUGCACCUGCGAGUUCGUGGAGAGCUUCGUGGAUGACCUCAUCGAGGCCUGUCGGGUGCUCAGCCGCCGGGAGGCUCACCCGCAGCUGGAGGACUGCCUGGGCAUCGGGGCGGCUUUCGAGAAGUGGGGAACCCUCCAUGAGACCCAGAAGUUUGACAUCCUGGUGCCCAUCGUCCCCCCACAGGGCACGAUGUUUGUGCUGGAGAUGAGGGACCCGGCCCUCGGCCGCCGCUGUGGCUGCGUGCUGGUGGAGUCAGAAUGCGUGUGCAAGCGCGAGAAGCUGCUGGGGGAUGUGCUGUGCCUUGUGCACCACCACAGGGACCACUCGGCCCUCGUGGGGAAGUCCAACAGCUCCGUCAAGGCGGCGCUCUGCACCGGCUCCCACCUGGACGUGUACAAGACUGUCCAGUGGUUCCGGAACAUGGUGGGCAAUGCCUGGGCCCUUGUAGCCCACAAGUAUGACUUCAAGCUGAGCUUGCCACCGUCCACCACCUGCUGCAAGCUCAGGCUGGACUACCGCUCAGGACGCUUCCUCUCCAUCCGCCUGGUCCUGGGGGUGCAGCGGGAAGACACCUUGGUCUACCUGGUGAGUCAGGCCCCCGGCCAGGAACAGCUCACCAGCGUGGACUGGCCCGAGUCCUUUGCAGCCUGUGAGCACCUGUUCCUAAAGCUGGUUGGGCGUUUUGCUCCAGAGAACACCUGUCACCUCAAGUGCCUCCAGAUCAUUUUGAGUCUCCGGGACCUUCAGAGUUUACCCCAGGGGGCGUCCCGCCCCAUCCUCACCUCUUACCACUUCAAGACAGCCCUCAUGCACCUGUUACUGCGGCUCCCCCUCACAGACUGGCAACACAGCAUGCUCUCCCAGCGACUCCAGGACAUCCUCUGGUUCCUGGGCCGAGGCCUCCAGCAGAGGUCUCUCCGUCAUUUCCUCAUCGGUAACACCUUCCUGCCCCUGACCAUCCCGAUUCCCAAGACAUUUCGGAAUGCUGAGCCUGUCAAUCUCUUCCAACACCUGGUGCUAAACCCCAUGGCACAUUCACAGGCAGUGGAAGAGUUCCACAACCUUCUGACCCAGGUGAAAGCUCUGCCCUGUUCCUCGCUGGCCGGGGCACACUGA